CCAGUAGAAGUACUGUAGUGGCCCUGGUACUCUGCUGCCUUGGUGCCUUGGUGCCCUGUCACUUCACCUCACUCGUUGUUCUUCCCUCUUUCCCUCCUUGAUUCUGAUUCCGAUUCCAUUACACUUUUCAAACCAUCUCAUUACCAUCCUUUUCCCACCUUUCCUCUCGUCCCUGCUCACUGUUCACCUCGACGAGAGCCAUCUUCUCUUCCUGUUCAUCUUCUUCACGCCGCCGACAAUUCUUCCUUUUCGACGCGGCUCUUCCCUUCGUUUUUCUCGAGUUGCCCACCUCUGCCAGAGCAGACUUACCACUUGUUCAACAAAGAGCUCGCGGUCCCUCCUUCGUUUCACUUUCCUCGUCGACAUUCCAUCCUCGACGAUAAUCUUUUAAUCAACCUUGCUCCAUCUCACAUUCAUUCUUACAUGCUUGGUGAAAAACAUACCCCUUGUUGCCCAACUUCUGGCUGCCCUCCACUCCCAUCCAAGUCCUAUGUUGAGUAGGGCUUACCAACCUUCGUUAAGCUCGGCAACUCCUGAAAGCCCCUGCUGCAGUUGACCCAAUCACAAUCGAACUUCCUACCACCCUUCAGCAGACGCUGUGAUCGACCACAGCGUCCCCGUACUCCUGUUCCUUAAAAGAGCAAAGAUGGCAGCGUUGGUUCAGACACUCCCCAUGCACACAAGUACAGUAACAAUGAUCGGCCGCCCUUCCUCAGCAGGUGGAUAUUCUCCUCAACCAGCUCAGCAACAUAUGAGAAGUAACACUUCUCCAAAUGCCCGCUAUCAUAACAUGUCUACCGGUUACAGAGGCACAUCAGCUACGGGCCCUGUGGCUCCAUAUGCCUUUACCUCUACCCCCCAACUGGCUUCAAGCAGUUCCCGAGCAUACGGUGUCACUGCAGCACGUCCCGUUUCCACCCUGCAGACAACAUCUCAACGUUCAUCCCCCACUGAAUUUCUGCCCCCAGUCGAUGCUGGUAAUCGACUCUCCUUGGGCCUCUCCAACUUCUCCUCUGCCAAUUCGUUCAUGGCUCCGCCACAGCCACCUAGUCCCAGUACCACUAAGCCGUCUCCCGACAGAUAUAGACGUACACUUCGACGGAUGGACGGCGAGAGCGGUCCCAAUCGUGUGGCCGCAACUUCUCCUGGACCUUCAGGCUCGACCGCUCCUGCAGGAGCUUCCCUGUACAGCCACCCCUCUCAAACCAGUAGCACCCCUUCUUUGACCUCUCAAAACUCAUACCGUGGCUCCACUUAUGGCGCUUCCUCUUCCGCGAGGAACUCAAACGAUGACAUUCACGUUGGAAGGCCUCAGGCCCCAGAUCUUGCUGCUAGGUAUCGAAGACGGAGCUUAGGCAACCUCGAUACUGCUGGUCUAAACCACACGUCUGAUGGCCAGGACACCGCUUCCCCUCACCCCAAUGCCUUUCUGAACAACCCUCCUCCCCACAAUGCGCAACCGCAGAGUCGACAAUCAGGACAUAGUCAUACAGCAAGUUCGGAAAGUAUUACCUCUUCGAGAUCCAAUCGCUCUUCCCGGCCAGGCUCGGCUACACGACCCGAGUCUCCGCACGCCUACACCUCACCCUCUAUUCUGAACCAGCCAGCUGGGCUAAGGCAAGAGGGACGCCUUGCUGCCCAUGCCCGAAGCACUGACUCGAGUAUUCGACACCCUUCCCCAUUAUCGAGACCUGUUGAUCUGAGCGGCGAUAAAACUGCCUCAAAGCCAGAAGCACCGAUUCUGUCUCCCCUACCACUGCCUGCAUCCAGUGCUGCCGUGGAGCAGUUGGCUGCCCUCAGUCUCAAAGAUAACAAGAAUAAAAAGUCGAAGCUUCGUCGAGCAUUCUCUUUUGGCAGCGCCGCAGAACUGAGAAAGGUGACUGCCCAGAAUAAUCAUGAGAAGAGCAUGGCAAACAGAACCCCACUGCAAGCAAAGAGGAGCUCCAAAUAUGAAGACGAGUUGGAACCCGAACAGGCACGUAUUGCCGAGAAGCAAGAAGCUGCAGGCUUAGGUGAAAGCAUCUAUUCGGGCCAGGGCCAGUUUUUCACAGGCUCUACCGACAACCUGUCCAUCUCCUCUACCGCAUCAUCUGCGUCCAUCAUGCUGCGAAAGAUGGGGAAAGGUGUCAAGAAAGGAACCCGAUCUUUGGUCGGCUUGUUUCGUCCCAAAUCCGUUAUUGGAGUCCCUGCCGCUGAUGGGCCUGUGAACGAAGCACCCGUCGCUGCCGUCUCGAUGGUGACAGUCGAGGCCGAAAGAGAAAAGAUCAAUGUCAACGUCAACCCUCACGAUCAAGUGGGUGGAGGGACAGGAUUCCCCAAAUUGGAACGAAACUCUGUUGAUGCUAAACUAUCGUUUGACAGCACAACCAUAUCCAGCGAUACCCGGUCCCGCCGCAGCAUCGUCGGAGGCGAAAGAGAGCGUGCAGAGGUGCUCGCCGCUGUCAAGAAGGGCAUCCUUAAACGCAAUGACUCGAACCAAGCGUCGCCCAAAAUCAAGGCUUACGACUACAAAGCACCCGAUUUUAAUCUCCCUCAAAUCCCUCACGUCAAUGACUCCCCUCGAUCUAGUGCACCAAGCACUCCAGUCGAUGACGAAGCACCGCGAUCCGGUCACCGACGAACAGAUUCCAUCACCAUUGAAAACAAUGACCAUGACGAUUACUUCUCCUCGGUGAGACUUGGUAGCAUCGAGGCAAAGAAUAUUUCUCAAGGCUUGCUUCGCAAUAUCUCUUUCAGCCCUCGAAUUCAAUUCCAUGACACUUGGCCAAGUGGCGAAUACGAUCGUCGUGGGGACAUUGCAACCUGUAAUCGCCUGACUCCCAUGUUGGCACAACAGAUCAAGGAGGAACUCAACACUUUCAAGAUGGAAAUGGAAGUUCACGAAUCGUCCAAAGUCUAUACACAUUUCUUCUAGCGUCAUCGUCUCCGACUUGGAUAUAGAUACAAAGCGUCCUUCUCACAAACCGACUAGCGUCACUUGCAAGGCGAAAACCCAACCACACCCUGGCUCAUUCUCACGAUAUCCUACGACUCUGUCAGUGCAUAUGCAUCAAGAGCAUCUUUCGUUGCUAGAUCUCGACGCGGAGAAACCUUUCUCAGGGAGUCCUUCAUCAUUCGACCCUGUGUACAUUUAUCAAAAGCCAACAUGGUGCAUUCUAUUUUCCUAUCACGACCUUGUUUCGCAGUAAGGUGUUUGGCGCAAUGGGACGACGGGCGCCGAGGGUCGGCACCCCGUAUCUGUGGAUGCCUUUUUACUCCAAACUGGCUGUCGGCUGUCUGUAUGGGCCCUCGGCGGUUGUCAAGGGACAUGGUGGGUGUAUGAAACCCCAAGGUCCCGUUUUAGGAUUACCGGAGGCUCAAUAUGACAAUGCGCCAAGACUUGUUGUCUGGCAUCGUUGUCCAUUUUGUGGAAAUUAGAUUCUUUUUCAUCUACAUCUAAGCAAGUAGUGCUGUCUUGACUAAUACGCUCGGAUCAGGCAAAAGAAGAAGAGCAAGCACUCAGUGGAUGACCAGGCAUUUGGUUGAGGAGGCUCUAAUUGAUGCCUGUUGAGGACGAGAUGACAUAUAAGUCCUGCCAAUGCGUAAGCAAUUCACAUUUUCUCCGCAUCUACAUCCAUUUCCCCGUCCUCCUGAAGAAUGCGUCGUCAGAAUUAUUUGACAUGGCCUCUCGAUUGUAAAAUGUGAUAUUCAGGCGACACGUUAGG